UUUUUCAAAAAAAAAGAUUAAAUUUACAUGUUAAUUUUUUUUUUGUUCUAUUCUUAAAUUGUGUUUCAAACCUCAUUUAUUUGUUAUUAUUUGCGUUUAUUUACAACUAUUAAUCGCGAAUCAUUGAAUAAAUUUUAGUAUUAUAAUAUAAUCGCGACGUUCAAAUAUCCGCAACUGCUUAUCAUUGCCGUUUUAUCAAUCGCAGACUCGGUCCCGUUGUCGCCGGUCGCCUGUAUCGUGUAACAUAUAAAUAAAGUUACUAUUUUCAUUAUGUGGAACGACAAUAAUUAUUAUCGUCACAAUUGCAAUAGAAAUUUUGGACCAUUUUUUAGACGACGACAUCAACAACAACCCUUUUAUCGAGCGGACUAUCAAUCUAAAAUGAAGUCAGUUGAUCCAGGAUCUCCGUUACCAGUUAUGCAGAACGGACACCUAGACGUGUCUUCUAAGGACCUAGACCACAUGCGGCCAGCUGCUAUGCUGUCCACUUGUGGCGACGACCGCCAGAAGCCAGGCGGCCGUUCUCAAACAGAUCUCAGCAGACUGGCAGUACUAAGUUACGAACAAGUGGCUCGGCUGAAUGACGUCAUGGACGAGACUGUAAGCAUCCACGGUCGUGGUAAUUUCCCAACUCUUGAAGUGCGUUUACGCGACCUAGUAGCUAUGGUCAGAGACCGGCUACGCGCCCAAACAGCGCCUGAAGAUGACGAUGUGGCUUUCUCCGUUGAACCGGCCGAAUCUGUCGACGAGCCAUCUUCGUUCCAAGUGAACAGUAUCAGACUGAACGGAGGUGCCGCCUCCCAUGUGCUCACCACUGACACGCAGCCCUACAACGAUUUGGAUCUGAUAUUUAAUAUCAGCCUGUUGGGUAAUCGCGACUUUGACCGUGUCAAAUCAGCUGUACUCAGAGCGCUGGUCGAUCUAUUACCAGAAGGCGUCAGUCGAAAAAGGAUGACGCCUUGUAGUAUAAAAGAAGCUUACGUUAGUAAAAUGGUCAAAGUCAACAAGGACGGCGACAGAUGGUCUUUGAUCUCACUAGGCACAUUGCCCGGUCAAAGAAAUGUCGAGCUGAAAUUCGUGGAUAAAAUGAAAAGGCCAUUCGAAUUUUCCGUCGAUUCGUUUCAAAUUGUACUCGACUCUUUGUUACUGUUCUACGAGUGUAGUAGCGGUGUGCCAAUCAGUGAAAACUUCUACCCGACCGUUGUAGGGGAAUCUGUGUAUGGCGACUUCCGCGAUGCCAUGUACCACUUGGAAAACAAACUGAUCGUCACCAGAAACCCGGAAGAGAUCCGAGGUGGAGGUCUGCUCAAGUACUGCAACCUGUUGUUACGCAACUACGCGCCCGAUUAUGAUGGCGACGGCACCAAAAAACUCGAGCGUUACAUGUGCUCUAGAUUCUUCAUCGACUUCUCAGACAUUAACCAACAACGCGCCAAACUGGAAAACUACAUGAAAAACCAUUUUUGCGCACCUCAAGAAGAAUAUAUGAAACUGCAGUACCUUAACGUUCUCAAGCAAGUAGUCGAGGAAAGCACCGUGUGCUUAAUGAUACACGAGAGGCACCAGACAUUGGCGCUUAUCGCCGAACUAUCGUGGCAACUGAUGGCUGGACACGGAAUGUACUACUACUAUCAUCCGCCACCACAGAUGACCAUGUCCAUGGGACAUCACAGCCAACUACCCGCUACUCUCCAUUGCCCAUCAUAAGCGCCCCGUUACAUUUCGUCAAGAAAAUCAUGAUACGUUUAACAAUUUAACAAAUCUUUUUGUUCGUAUGUCUAUUUAUAUAUAUUAUGUUAAUUAUUAUAAUUUUUCAAGAUCUCUCAAAAAAAAAAACAAAAAAAAAAAACACCAAAAAUUUAUGUAACACAAAAAAAUUAAGGUCUCUCAACCUUCUGCCCGGCAAUUGUAUUUUAUUAAGUUAAUCGCCGAACAAUGUUAUUUUAUCAUGACACCGCGUUACCGAGCGAGGAAAAAACGUUCACGAAAACAUCUUUGAAAUACCUUUUUUCACUUUUUUUUUUGUCAUACGUACAAUUGCACAUGCACAUUUUAAAGUCAAAUUUUGAUUUAUCACAAAAAAAAAAAAACUUUUUUUUUUAAGAUAGAACACCAUUAUAUAAAACUCGCGUACUUAAUGAACUUGGUCCUUUGUAUGUAUAUUUUUUUAUUUUGGCAGCCAUUGUUGACUAUUGCUUUUGCAUUAACCACGAAAAGAAUUUUUAUUUUAUUUAUACAAUUUUUUCGUUUGAAUGUCCGUUACCAUCGGAAAAAGUAAAACUCUAAUUUAUACGAAUAAAAAAAUAUUACUAGUUUGAUAAAUAAAUGAUAAUUUGAUGUGGGAAAAUAAUUUCUAAAUUUACUUAGACGUGGUUCUUUUAAUCGUACACCGAUUUCGAUAUUAAACCAAUUGUUCCGUAUUAUAAAGUCUACAAAAUUAUCUUUUAUGCCUUACUAUGUAUAAGUGAUAAUAUUUACUUAUUAAUGAGAGUACAAGCAUUCGCUUCCGUAUUUUUUUUUUGUCGGUCGUGUAUUUUUUCCCGGGAGAGCUUAUAGUUCUUAAAAAAAAAAAAACUAAAAAAAAAACAAAAAAAAAUUAAAUAAAAAUUAAAAACGAAAAAACAAUUUUACAUUUUUAUGAUAAAUAUAUAAAUAUAUAUGUUUAUAUAUAUAUUAUAUACAUACGUGUAACACUUAUGUAUACGUUUGUAAAAAAUAAUUAUAUUGAUGAUAUUAUAUGAUAUUAUAUGAUAUAAUUUAUUUUCCAUGAGAUAUAAUAUAUUUAAUUUUAUCGUGUUUGUGAUAUCAUUUAGCUGCGAUUCUAUUACAAUUAUUAAAUAUAAAAACGGAUACACAACCAUAAAUAAUUAAGGUAUAGUAGAGAGAUGUAAAAAUAUAUUUAAGUGUGUACAAUGUAUGUGUGCGUGUGUUUGUUGUAAAGAAGAAAAACAGCACAAUCACCGAAUAAUUUUGUUUUUUUGUUUUUAUUCUUAUUACCCAACGUUUUGUGUGUAGUUAUUUGUCUUUUAAGUCGAAAAAUAUUAUAUAGUAAAAAAAUAUUAAAAAAAAAAAAUAAAAUAUUUAGUAAUAUUAUCUUAUUUAAUAUUUAUAACAUUGCAUUGUUUGUUGUAAUAAACAUUCCUAAUGAAAAAUUGAAUGUGUUAUAUUGGAAAGAAAUGAUUAGAUUGAAAAGCACACACAGUCACAUUGUCUUCUAGUCUGUAAAUCAUAUUUGUAUAAAAUAAAUCCUAUAUUUUUUCAAUGACAGCAUCAAGCGGGUUUUCAAUUUUUUUUUCCAAUUUUUUAUUCCUAUGUAUCAUUGAAGUACGUUCAUGUUAUAUUGUAAUAAUUAUUAUCAGUGAAUAUAAUUUAAUUGUGAAUAGAAACGCAUAAUUGUACCAUGUAAUAUCGACACGGUGAAUGUACAACAAUAUUGUUAAAUGUGAAUAUGUGUGUGCAUUUGUUUCUUUUUUAACUGACGUUAGUACAA